CAAACUUACAUCCGGAACCCACUAUCAAGAUCGGGAGCUGCGAGUGCAGGUCCUGGGACCAUCAUGUGUUCCGCUUCACCGCGUUUUUCCUGACAAAGACUUUGAAAAAGCCUUUCGAUCUUUAAUGGAAGGUACUCCAGUGAAGCCCAUCAUGCGCUCUACAAGAACGCCGGGAUCCUGCAUUGCAAUCUGAAUCCGAGCAGUCUUAUGGCUUCAAAGGAUUCCCCACCCCGUGGGAUCCUGAUAGAUCUUGACUUCGCGACUCAAGUUCGGGAUGGAGAUAGAAUAUUGUCACCUGAGCCUACCUUCACUGGCACCCUCCCUUUCCUUUCCAUUGACCUAUUGACCGCCUCAGGCCCCGCUCCCCAAAGGUUGUACAGGCAUGACCUGGAAUCCUUUUUUUACAUACUUGGUUGGAUGCUUGCCAGGUAUGACGCACAUGGGAGGCGCAAACCACUGCACCAAUUUACAACAUGGUACAAGGGGCCGCUAGACGACAUCAUUUCGGCCAAACGAAAGUUCAUGGGAGUUCCCAGCCGUGUUCCAUCGGAUAGAUCUUUGCCUUCACUUCAAACCUGGUUACGGAACCUUUGUCGGAUUGUUGACAGUGGCUACAAAGAGAAGGAUCGUGAGCCACAGAAUCCGCACUUCGACUCCGAAACCUUCAUAACCUUCGACACAUUCAUGGGCGCAACUCCGCAGAUUACCCUAUGAAUUCACCCACCCAAGUCCCCCUCUGUUCACUACACGCCAAC